AUGACUGCAAUGCCUGAAGUCCCCGACGCAUGGGAAGACGACGACUGGGAGUCCCAAGCUGAUAAGCUAGCGACUCAGCCUACCCCACCGCCCGAGAAGAAGGUCUCGUCGAAGGUCACCAAAGCACAGCGCAGGGCUCAACAGGCCGAAUUCAACCGACAACUAUGGGCUGAAGCUGAAACCCCGCAGACAUUCCACUUUCUUGAAUCGCGCUCCGACGUACCUCUUAAACAAGACAUCAAGCCAACAGUCACCCUCCUCAGCCGCAGACCUCAGACCGCAACUCGACAGUCUUCAUCUCGCGGGGUGGACUCGGCGGCAGCUGGGUUGGGAGAACUUGGUCUACACGAUGACGGCGACUCGGACGAGGACUCGAACAAGCGGUCUGAACCGACUCCUGAAGAACGUCAAGCGAUAGCACUCAGGAAUCUGGAGGAAAAGCAGCGCAAGUACGAAGAGGUGAGGGUAAGACUGUUUGGAAGCCCGUCAGGGACCACGUCUGGCAAUUCAUCGCCGGGCAGUACCACUCCUCCUCGGCAUCACCAGUCCGGGGAGGGGAGAGGGAAAGGAAAAGGCCGCGGCGGUCAACGCGCCGAGUACCAAAAGAGAGAGUCCUCCUCUGCGUCGAACAAGUCACGGCAUCUCUACGAUCCAUCUCCGGUGAGAUCCAAUGGUCCCUCACCACAAAGACGGGAGCGUCCGACAGGAGACUGGACGGAGGCAGACAAACAAUUUGCUCCACAGCAACCGACUCGAAGCCCUAGGGGGCCCGAUGCGAGUGGUAGGGGCGGUUUUAGAUUCGGCAAUAGAGGUGCCCGAGGAGGCUAA